GCCAUAUGGCCCCCAAAGAACUAGUUCUUUUAGGCCAUCCGAGGACUCGGUUCUCUCCGGUCACGCUCGCGUGGAAGCGAGUAGAGGAACCGAAGAAGCUUCGCUUCGAGAGCCCUUCUUCUCCCUCACAGGUAUGCUUGAUGAUUGUGAAUUCUGUUUAUCAGACGUGAGAUGAAGAAGACUGCAUUUGACCGAUCUUCUCAAAUAAAUUGCCGUAGGUAUAACAUUUUGAAAUUUAACUGGCUUCUGUGGGCACCAUGGUUGAUGCAAGCAAGGAUGUUGAUGGGAGUUUUCCUGGGGAGAAAAAAAUUACUGUCGUCUUUGUUUUAGGUGGGCCUGGCAGUGGAAAGGGCACACAGUGUGCUAAUAUUGUCAAACACUUUGGGUUCACUCAUCUCAGUGCUGGUGAUCUUCUGCGUGCAGAAAUUAAAUCUGGAUCCGAAAAUGGAACCAUGAUUCAGAACAUGAUAAAGGAAGGAAAAAUUGUCCCCUCUGAGGUUACAAUUAAACUUUUACAAAAGGCUAUGCUUGAAACUGGAAAUGACAAAUUUCUUAUUGAUGGUUUUCCCCGGAAUGAAGAGAAUCGUGCUGCAUUUGAGAAACUUACAAAAAUUGAGCCCGAAUUUGUACUAUUUUUUGAUUGUCCAGAGGAGGAGAUGGAGCGACGACUUCUAAGUCGCAAUCAGGGAAGAGAUGAUGAUAACAUUGAAACCAUAAGGAAGCGGUUUAAAGUAUUUGUUGAAUCCAGUUUACCUGUAGUUGAGUAUUAUGCUGCAAAGGGAAAGGUCCGGAAGAUUGAUGCUGCAAAGCCCAUUGAUGAGGUUUUUGAAGCUGUGAAGGCCAUUUUUGCCCCAUUUAAUGCUGAGGCUGUUUAGAGCUAUGAGGAGGAUACAAACCAAUAAACUAUCAAAGGCACUAUUUUGGAGAACAAUUUGGGUGAAUUUAUAAUAUGAAUCAACCUAUGUAGGCAUGCAUACCGGUUAUAGGAGAAAAUUAUAGCUCAUUUAUGUUAUAAAUUUGUUAUCUGAAUGCUCAUAAUGGAUAUACCUAUAGAUGGUUCCAUGUUAUUUAUUAUACAUGGUUAUCCCACGUCCUGAACAUUUCCUUAAUAUAAUUAAUAAAUUGUCUAUUUUUUUAUUUGUGUAUUGCUAGUCAAAGUUUUGUAAAUCUGCAUUGUAGAGUAAAUGGCAGUUUAAUUGUGAUUA